GCAGUGAGUACCACCAAGUGUCUAUCAUACAUAAUGGCCAUGUCAUUACGGGCAGCGCGGCUGGUUGGUCGCAGACAAUUUGCUCUUCGAUCGAGCCUUCCACUUCGGGCUGCUACGCAACUGCCUCGUCUAAGCUUCACUCCUCGUACCCUCUCUACAACUGCACGACGACAGGACGCCCCGGAUGUCUUCCAAUCUCUCAAGGACGGGCCUGCGGCUGGCUUCCUAUCGACCUUCCAGGAAACACCCAAGACUCCCCAGACACUCACUGAGAAAAUUGUGCAGCGGUAUGCCGUUGGCAUCGCCGAAGGCAAGGUGCUCCGGUCGGGCGACUAUGUCACUCUACAGCCUCACAAGUGUAUGACGCACGACAACACAUGGCCAGUGGCCCUCAAGUUCAUGUCGAUUGGAGCCACCAAGAUCAGCGACCCCAACCAGAUUGUUAUGACACUCGACCACGAUGUGCAGAACAAGACUGAGAAGAAUCUGAAGAAGUACAGCCAGAUCAAAGAGUUCGCCCAAAAGCAGGAUGUCGUCUUCUACCCUGCAGGAAGAGGUAUCGGGCAUCAGAUUAUGGUUGAAGAGGGUUAUGCUUGGCCAGGAACCUUGGCCGUCGCUUCUGACAGCCAUUCGAACAUGUACGGCGGUAUCGGAUGCUUGGGCACGCCUGUAGUGCGAACAGAUGCCGCGAGCAUUUGGGCAACGGGCAAGACCUGGUGGCAGAUUCCGCCUGUCGCAAAAGUCACUCUGGCUGGCAGCAUGCCGCAGGGUGUGACAGGAAAAGAUGUCAUUGUGGCACUGGCUGGUCUGUUCAAUAAGGACGAGGUUCUCAACCACGCCAUUGAAUUCACUGGAUCCGACGCGACUCUGGCUACCAUUCCCGUGGAUGAUCGCCUCACGAUUGCAAACAUGACUACCGAAUGGGGUGCGCUUACUGGACUUUUCCCCAUCGAUUCUAUUCUGCACAGUUGGUUGCGCGCAAGGGCUACUCUUGCAGCGAUGGGCGAAGGCGAUGUCAAGGAUCACCACCACAAGCAGUUUGUGCACGAGCGCAUUGACAAGCUAUUCACUGCUACCGGUAUCGUUGGAAAACAGACAGGCCACAUCUUCAAGCCUGCAUUGGCUGCUGACAAGGGCGCCGUCUAUGCCAAGGAACUCUUCCUCGACCUGUCGACACUAUCACCGUACGUCUCUGGACCAAAUUCUGUCAAAGUCGCUACUCCCUUGGUCGAACUCCAAAGCCAGAACAUUCCAAUCAACAAAGCAUACCUGGUAUCUUGUACAAACUCCCGGGCUUCUGAUCUCGCAGCAGCUGCAAAGGUCUUCAAAGAAGCAGCAGCCGCCAACGACGGCAAGGCCCCCAAGAUCCCCGACAACGUCAGCUUCUAUAUCGCUGCAGCUUCCAUUCCGGAGCAAAAGGCCGCAGAAGAGUCCGGUGACUGGCAGACCCUAUUGGACGCUGGUGCGCAACCCCUGCCUUCUGGAUGUGGACCUUGCAUUGGCCUCGGUACAGGUCUUCUCGAGCCUGGUGAGGUUGGUAUCAGUGCCAGCAACCGCAACUUCAAGGGUCGCAUGGGUUCUCCUGACGCGAAGGCAUACCUCGCUAGCCCGGAAGUCGUUGCAGCAAGUGCUCUGUCGGGCAAAAUCUCUGGUCCCGGGUGGUACGAGAUGCCUGAAGGCUACGAGGGCGUCCGCCGAGGCGAGGGCGAUGGUGUUCGUGAGGAGGAUCGCAUGAUGACCAUCGAAGAUAUGCUUGAGAAGGCGAUCAACGACGCUGAGGCAGCCAUUGGUAGUUUCGACUCUGCUCCUGCUGAGACGCAAUCCGUGACGGCUCCAGGCUCGGAAGCUGAGACCCUGACUGAGAUUCUUCCGGGGUUUCCGGAGAAGAUCAGCGGUGAAAUCGUCUUCUGCGAUGCUGACAACAUCAACACCGACGGUAUUUACCCCGGCAAAUACACUUACCAAGACGACGUCACCCGGGAGAAAAUGUCCGAGGUGUGCAUGGAGAACUAUGAUCCCAGCUUUGGUCAGAAGGCGAAGUCAGGCGACAUCCUCGUGUCAGGCUUCAACUUCGGGUGUGGUAGCAGUCGUGAGCAAGCCGCUACUGCAAUCCUCGCCAAGGGCAUCCCGCUCGUUGUUGCUGGCAGCUUCGGCAACAUCUUCAGCAGGAACAGUAUCAACAACGCACUCAUGGGAGUUGAGGUCCCCAAGCUAGCCAACCGCCUCCGCGAAGUCUUCUCGUCUACAGAAACACCCUCGUCCCAACAAGCGAUCAAAGAGCCUUCAAACAACCGCGAAUCGCUCGACUCGCCACCCCCGGCAGCCACUGCUCAGCCCGCUCAAGCCAAGCAAUUGACACGCCGAACAGGCUGGACUCUGGAGUGGGAUGUACGCAGGAGCACCGUCUCUGUCCAGGAAGGCCCCAGCGGCUCCAAGUGGAACGUCAAAGUGGGUGAGCUCCCUCCCAAUGUCCAGGAGAUUAUUGCUCUCGGUGGUUUGGAGAACUGGGUCAGGAAGGAGAUUGGUGGCACCGCAUGAGGAUGCUCUUCAGAGCAAUGACGCGUUGUACGAUCUGUGUAUACCCUUUUAAAAGUAUCGGCAUGGGCGGCGUUUGGUUUGGCUGUUGCAUACAGUAUCUCACGUAGGACUCUUAUACUUCCAUGUUCUAUUUUAGAGUCGCGUGCCUUAGACUCGAGAUUGUAGAUGUCCUAGAUGAGUUUUGUAGCAAUGCAAAAGUAUACUAUAUUC